AUGUCGCCUUUGCCAGUCAUUGCCUGUGGCAGCACCAACCCGCAAGUUUUCAACGCCGUCAAACCUCUUUACUUACCAGAGUACGAAAUUAUACAUAAUGUCACCAGCAGCGCCUCCGGAGCAGUAGAGAUACCCCACUUGCUGCAAGGGCAGGCCCCGCCCAUUGCUGAAGAGCACAACCGCGGCACCAUGAACUAUUCCAAGCCACCCGUGGCCGUGUUUGCAGGGGCCUUGUACAGCGAUAGGGAGAUUGACGAGAUGCGCCAGGCGUGUCAAGGGCUCAGUUCCGUGCCUUGGUUGAAGAUGGAUAUGACCGUGCCCAAGCCGCCGCUUGGACCGGGGUAUGCGGAGCAUGUCGUGCAGAGAAUCAAGGCAUGUAUGAAGAAGAUUGAAGCCGAGGGAAUGCUGCAACAAGAUGGCCUGUGGCUUUAUUGA